AUGAGAAUCUAAAAACAUGCGUGAACCGAAAAAACCAUAUAUAAUACUUACCUUUUUGUAAUCUUGUAACCAGUUAUAUAAGACAUAAGUAACGAAAGUAUUCUAGAUUCGUUGUAAAUUAAUCUAACAGUUGCAAAUUGUAAUACUAGAUUUCCAAUUUUGUUAAAGAAAGUUCUAACAAAUACCCAUAAGUCCUCAACUUGACACAUAAGCAUAAUUUCUACAAAAAUCAUAGAAUCGUUUUAACCGUACAAGUAUAUAUGCAUUAUUCUCUCACGUUGAUUUGAAUUUAGACCUAUUCUUUCUUUUUUAUUAAUCAUACUGAGGUAUCCCGACCCCAUAGAAAUAGUUUAGACUAGUCAUGUGUGCCAUAUGUUGGUCUCCUGUUCUGAUGAUACCGAAAUAUUAAUUUCCCAGUGAUUGAAAUUUAAACCAUGUGGCUUCACCGUAUAAUACUUUUGCCCUCGAGUUAAUCACCACCGAGUGACAAGAACCUAUUCUUUUUUAACAUGUCACAUUAAUUAAACGAACUAACAUUUGGUGUAUUUGCAUAUAAGAUAAAUAGAUAAUAUAUCCAGAUGUUAUAACGAAGAACAUCGCCCUGAAGCUCUGUACUUGGCUUAAAUCAAAAGGGUAAAUAAUUGAUCAGUGGUAAUUGGUGCCGGCGGAUAUAUCAGCUGGUUCAUCCUUCUCUUCUAAGCCCAAGAGAUCAAGCGAUAUUGCAACUGAAUGAUUAAUUAAUUAUGCAUGACUAAGUUAAUAACCAUACGGAAAAAUUGUGGUUCACUUGAAAAUAACCAACUUGCAAGUACUUAGUCAUUCAAUUAACAAAGUUUGGUUGUACUAUCGGCAUGGGAUAUAAUGAACAUAAUCAAGCUCUCUUGUCUGCGAAUGGGUAUGCCCACUUCAUUAGACUUUACACAUGAUAUUAUAACAUUUGUUUUUGACUUUAAUUGUUAGCUCAAACCCAAUUAAGUGGGUAAUGGUAAGAAGCAACUACUCCUCUUCCCAGAUCCCUAACAAAUCAACUAACCUCAAUCUUAAACAACUAAAAACCUCGUCAUUAGUUAGCUUAUUAUUAAUUGUUCCUAGUCAAUCACUACUUUAUACAAUCACUAUAUAAACAUUUGUCCAUCUCCCAUUUGUUUCCCACCAGUAGUACGAAGCAUUUCAACACACAAACAUAGACACACUUUGUCUUUAAUAUUUAAACCUCAAUUGCAAGAGAAAAUGGCGAAGGAGUCUACCACCAUUGAGGUCGGCGAGCCCAGCACCGUGACCAAAAGUACAAGCCAUGUCGUCGUGGACGAGAAGAAGAAGAAGGGCUUUGUGGCAGCCACCGCGGGAGGCGGUUACAAGAGAGGUUUGGCCAUAUUCGAUUUCCUCCUACGUUUGGCGGCCAUAGUAACAACGAUCACGUCUUCUUCCGUCAUGUACACCGCUGAGGAGACUCUUCCCUUCUUUACUCAGUUCUUACAGUUCCAAGCCGGCUACGAUGACUUUGCCACAUUUCAGUUUUUUGUGAUAGCCAUAGCCAUGGUCGCCAGCUAUCUCGUCCUUUCACUUCCUUUCUCCAUUGUAACUAUUAUCCGUCCACUUGCAGCCGCACCCCGGUUGAUCCUCCUCAUCUCCGAUACGGUAGCUUCACUAACAAAACUAUUCCAAAUUUUAUUACAAAAUUAUAGAUUUCAUAGAAACUCAUCCUCUUCUUAUGUUAUGGUGAAGGUGGUCGUGACGCUUGCCACAUCAGCGGCGGCUGCGGCAGCUGCAAUUGUCUACCUUGCACAUAACGGCAACCCAAACACCAAUUGGCUCCCCAUUUGUCAGCAGUUUGGAGACUUCUGCCAAGCCGUGAGCAGCGCAGUUGUAGCCUCUUCUAUCGCAGUUGUCUUCUUCAUCAUUCUCAUAGUCAUCUCAGCCAUUGCCCUAAAAAAGCAUUAAUUUCUCAUUUUCUUUCUUGUAAAGAUCGUAACGGACCUAUAGAUGUUUUUCUUGUGCUUGUUUGUGAGUAUCAUGAUGUGGGUAAAGUAAUUGAAGUUGUUUAUGUUUUAAUGCAAAGCUUUUGAUUCA